ACAUAUGUUUGGUUGGGGGUUAUGCAGUUACACUAGUAUCGCGUCCGAUGUUUGGUAGACGAUAUUGCAAUAUAGAUAAGCCAAUGACUAACAUCUUUACCCCUAGGGUUUUUUAUGUAUUACCAAUAAUGCUCCGUAUAUAAAUCCCUCUCAUCUGCACUUCACAAUUUCACACUAAAUCGGGGCUUCGUAACACACCACAGAUGUAAGAACGCAACGACGGCAGAGUUGAAUCGAGUCACAUAAAUCCAACCGUUGUUCUUCCUGUUCAAAGUAGGUGAUUUAAAUGUCCUCAUGUACGCAUAAAUUCAAUUUUUAUUUGAAAUAUUUGCAAUACACAGUUCAUGCCUUGCUUUAUCUCUUUCUUGUGUCAUAUUGCUUAAUAUCUUCGUUGAUAUGUGCAUAAUUACUAUGGUUAUGUCGUGAUUUUGUCAUAUGUUUUUCUGACAUUUUUUUGCUAAAACAAGUUAACUGGUUUUAUUUUGGGUUUGCUGAAUUCCAUUCCCACAAUUUCCACAUAAGUUAUGUCUCACUCAAAUGGAUUCAUACCCCUUGGUCCUUCCGCUCAGCGAACUCCGGUCGGGAGUCAAUCUCAGGGGAACAACUACCGUAACUGCGAUAGGUCGCGUCGAAGUUGGUCUGACAGAGAAGAAGAAUCGCCUAUCGUUGUAAUGAAGGAAUUGGUUGCGACGGGGUGGAAAAGUGACAAUGGAUUUCGUUCUGGGUACCUCAAGAAAAUUGAGGAUUGGUUGCACAAGGAGUUUCCAACAACUGACUUGCAAGAGACUCCUCACAUUCAGUCCAAGAUAACAACUUGGAAAAAAUUCUACUACUCCUUGUCAAAAAUGCUGGAGCGAAGUGGCGUUGGGUACAAUGAUAAUGGCGAUUUCAAAAUAUCGUGCACGGAUGACCAAUGGGACCAAAUUGUCAAGCAAGAUACCCAUGCCCAUCGUAUGCGUAACAAGUCUUGGUCGUAUUUGGAGGAUUGGAAAGUGAUUUUUGGAAAGGAUAGGGCCACAUGCGGUAAUUCAGAGCAUGUUGUGCAGGCAGCAAAUAACUCCUAGCCCGAGGAGCAUGUGGCUGAGUCGGAAGGACUGAGUGAUAUGAAUUUAAGCUUUGAAGACGUUGUUGUUGGUGAUCCAGCACAAGAAACAGGCGGGACAGAACAUGGUGGAGAGACAGUGCUCAAAGCCAAAAAAAUUCUCAACCUUCCAAGAUAAGCACCCGCAAACAUAAAGGACGUGAUGACGGUGAUGGCUUACUCGAGCUGCUUGGAAAGCUUCAUGCCGAAACCAACUCUCGCCCUAUCAAAGCGCAUUGGCUACGAGAUGGACUUAGGGAAGGCUCGGCAAAAUGUUUUCAAUGAACUUGACAACAUACUCGCACUAUUUGAAGAUCAACGAUAUGAUCUCUGUGACAUCAUAGGUAAGGAUAACUCGAGGCUUGAGAUCUUCAUGGGUUUACCUGAAGCAUCAAAGUCAGGCUACGUGAAGCGCAUCAUCAAGAAAGAAGGUCUUAUUUGAAUAUUGGUGCAGCUGUGCUUUUAGGUAUUACUUGUGAUUUGGGUGUCAAGGUUAUUAUCCUUUUUGAUUCAUGGAACUUUUUUUUGCUAAAAAACUAUUGAAGGCUUGAUUCAUUCCUGAUGUAAUUAAGUAUUGGUACUUUGAUUCUUGCUUUUGUUGACUUAACCCUUUGAUGAACAAUGCUCUGUAUUAGGAUCUAUUAUCUUUUGGCUUGUAAGACUUCGAAAAUUUUAUUUUGGUAUUAGACUCGUUCAACCUGGAAUGAGUACUUAAUUAUAAAUCCAUGUCCUCUGUUUGGUUGUA